CUUCCGGGCUAAGGUUGUUGAUUUCUGAGCUGUCGCUGUCUGUCUGUCAGGUGUCGAUAACAUUGGUAUUCACAGGGAGUAUUUGUGUGGUAUUGAUUUUAUGUAAAUGAACAUUGCGACUAUUAUAUUUAAUACAAAACGGACUGUUAGAACUGUAAAUAUAAUUGGAUAUAAAGUGUUGUUUAGGUCAGCAGACUAAAAACUCUUGAACUGGUGUGACUGAAGUGAUGCAACAUGGCAGCAACUCCUCUAAACAGGUGUUUUCUGUCAGCACUAAGGAGACGGUGUCAGAGCCGUGGACUUAACUCUUUAGCAGAGAGGACAGUCAGUCGGGUGUCCUCUGUUGAGACAUGUAGCCACAGGAGAGCAGAAUGGAGCACACGCCUGGACAGGGUACCCUCGAUGGAGUGGGACAGAAACAAUGGUAACAGCAGCUCCCCUCUGCUCACGUCACUGUCGGUGGGUUUGGGACUCUGUGGUGCGGCACUUUUCGUCAGUCAAAAAGAUGAACAAGUGAAGGACGGAAGAGCCUCGAUAUCCGGGCGGUUUGUUGAACUCACUCUGCCAUCAGCUCAGUGUGCUGCUCCAUUUAAACCCGACAGCCCCCGGUACAAAUACAACUUUAUUGCAGAUGUAGUCGAAAAGUCCACUUCAGCUGUUGUCUACAUUGAAAUCUUGGGGAGACACCCAUUUUCAGGAAGAGAUGUCCCCGUUUCAAAUGGCUCUGGUUUCAUCAUUAGCAGCGACGGUCUCAUUGUAACCAAUGCUCAUGUUGUGGCCAACAAGAGAGGCGUCCGAGUGAAGCUCACCAACGGAGAGAUGUACAAUGCCACUGUGCAGGAUGUCGAUCCAGUGGCAGACAUUGCCACCAUCAAAAUCUCAACGAGGAAUCCGCUACCCACGCUCACCCUGGGUCGGUCGUCUGAUAUUCGACAAGGAGAGUUUGUGGUAGCCAUGGGAAGCCCGUUCUCUUUACGGAAUACAAUCACGUCAGGAAUCAUCAGCUCAGUACAUAGAGGCAGUAAGGAGCUGGGCCUGUCCAACUCCAACAUGGAGUACAUCCAGACGGAUGCAGCUAUAGAUUUUGGAAAUUCUGGAGGUCCCCUGAUUAACUUGGACGGUGAAGUCAUUGGUAUAAACACCAUGAAGGUCACCUCAGGGAUUUCUUUUGCUAUUCCAUCUGAUCGCGUGACACUUUUUCUCGAUCAAGCAUCGAAAAAGAAGAACUCUUGGUUCGGUGAAUCAGAGACGAAGCGGCGGUACAUUGGCGUAAUGAUGCUGACACUGACGUCGAGCAUCAUUGCAGAGUUGAAGUUGAGGGACUCAUCCUUCCCCAACGUGACACAUGGCAUCUUGAUUCACAGGGUGAUCUUGGGCUCACCGGCCAACAGAGCUGGCAUGCUACCAGGAGACGUCGUGGUGGAGAUUAACGGAGAGAAGGUGAACACCUCGGAGGAGAUCUAUCAGGCCGUCCGCAGCGGCGACAAAAUCACCAUGGUUGUGCAGAGAGGACAAGAGUUGCUUCAACUACAAAUGACUCCGGAGUGCACAGAGUGACACUCACUUCAUGUUAACCUGAGGGCCAGACGGUCACAUGGUUAGUUCAUGCUUUAAUGUAAGGUUCUGAGCUCCAGUAUUUGAUGACUUGUUAAAUAUGUGAACCUGUCAGACCCUAAAGAAAAAGAAUAGAUGAACAGCCUGGUAUUUAUCCAGGUAUUGAGUACAAUAAAUAAAAUGUGUCUUCUACCUCCACAAAA